GGAACGCUUAUUUCAACAGCAGCAACAGUAAGUCAGCCAUCUCGGUAGCUUGCUAGACAAACUAGCCGAAACAAUAAAGCUCUUUAGACGCUUUAGUGUUUAUUGGCCACUGUGUUUUAAACCCACUUCUGUCGUCUAGUUAGCUUUCCGUUUUAAUUUCAUAUUUACGGUGUUGUUGUUAUUAUUCAGCUAGCGGGCUGGUUAAGUUAGCAAUAGCCGAGCUAGCUAACAUCCCCGACCAUGAGUUCACUAAGCUACUCUCCUUCUGCUAAAGAAGAUGCGGUCUGCUGGACGGAGAAAGAAUCUCUCGUUAAAGAGGAGAGGGAAGAGGAGGAUAUCACAGUAAAACAAGAAUUAGAGGGUGAGGCUGUUACAGUGAAAGAAGAAGAGAAAGACGCUUUCAGAGUGAAAGAAGAGGAUGUUACAGUAAAAGAGGAAGAAAAGUAUUUCAGAGUGAAGGAGGAGGAGGAUGAUGCAUUUUUUGGAGUGAAAGAGGAAGAGAGGGGGACUGUCACAUUGAAAAAGGAAGAAGAGGAGGAAACUGGAUAUCUGGGCCCGGUUUCCAAAGGGCAUCUUAAGGCAUCCAGUGGCUCUAACGAUGAACGUGCCCUGGUUAACACGAGAGAGAGAUGUGACUAUCGUGCAUCUUCUGGGGAGCCUCAACAACAUCAUGAUGCUGAUGAGGCAGAGGAGAGUCUCUCCACAUCAGAACACCUCAAGAAACACCAGUGGAGACACACAGGAAAUAAAUCUCACUGCUGCUCUGACUGUGGGAAAAGCUUUUCAACAUCACAGAUUUUGAAGCUGCACCAGAGAACACACACAGGAGAGAAAUCUCAUAGCUGUGAUCAAUGUGGGAAGAGUUUUACUACAUCUAGCAAUCUGACUAUACACCAGAGAACACACACAGGAGAGAAAUCAUUUAGUUGUAAUCAAUGUGGGAAGAGUUACUUAAGGUUAAAAUCACUAAAAGUACAUAUGAGAAUUCACACUGGAGAGAAAUCUUACAGCUGUGAUCAAUGUGGAAAGAGUUUUGUUCAAUCUAGUGAUCUGACAGUACACCAGAGAACACACACAGGAGAGAAACCUUUUAGCUGUGAUCAAUGUGGGAAGACUUUUAUUGCAUCUAGCAAUCUGACUAUACACCAGCGGACACACACAGGAGAGAAGCCUUAUAGCUGUAAUCAAUGUGGGAAGAGUUUUAUUACAUCUAGCCAGCUGAUUUCACACCAGCGAGUACACACAGGAGAGAAAUUUUACCACUGUUCAAAUUGUGGGAAAAGCUUCUCAACAUCACAGACUUUGAAGCUGCACCAGAAAACACACACAGGAGAGAAACCUUACAGCUGUGAUCAGUGUGGGAAGAGUUUUAUUACAUCUGGCAAUCUGACUAUACACCAGAGAGUACACACAGGAGAGAAACCAUAUAGCUGUAAUCAAUGUGGGAAGAGUUUUAAUACAUCUAGUCAUCUGACUACACACCAGAGAGUACACACAGGAGACAAACCGUAUAGCUGUGAUGAAUGUGAGAAGAGUUAUACUGCAUCUAGCCAUCUGACCAGACACCAGCGAGUACACACAGGAGAGAAACCUUAUAGCUGUGAUCAAUGCGGGAAGAGUUUUACUGCAUCUAGUGAUCUGACGGUACACCAGAGAACACACACAGGAGAGAAGCCUUAUAGCUGUGAUCAGUGUGAAAAGAGAUACUCUCGUAAAAGAUCUCUGAUCAAACAUCAGAAAAUACAUACAUGAAGGAGAUAUUUCAUGAUAUCAAUUAAAUAACAAUGUAGAAUGUUUUUAACAUUGUAGUAGGAGUAUUUUAAGGAAUUUCACACUGUAGAACCCUUAACGUUUGCCCCAUUCAAUUGAUUUCAGCAUGAUAUGUAUAUUAGCCUCGGGAAAAAUCCUGGCUCUGAAUUGAAAGAGUGAUUUAAUAAAAAGUGACUAACACAAAAAGAGCUGUGUUACACUUACCAUGUUGGUGACCCACUUGAAUCAAAAUGUAACACUUUAAAUUGCAAAUUGUCCUCUAACCAGGGAUGUACACAUUAUUCCCAGAUUCUGUGUGGUUUUUGAGCUGUUAGUUUUAACAGGACGUGCUCUCGCACAAUGGAUUUCAACACGAUAUCGAUGAAUGAUGACAAAUAAGUGUUGUGUACCUUUGUUUAGAGACGCCUAAAUGUAAAUGUAUCACUCCCAAAUUUA